AUGGUAACCCUCCAAAAUGAAAAUAUUCCAGAUGACAAACUUGAUGAAUUACUAAUAAAUGCUGAAGCAGACAGCAUGGAAGCGAGGUUUGACAGGGACAGAAACCCAAGACACGAUAGCGAGGCAAAUCAAUAUGAAGAUGAGCUAGAUGACAAAAUGUUCAACAGAAUGUUCAAGAAGAUUAAGGCUAAACAAGAUGCUGAAGAUCUGAUGGACGAAGACUACCAAGAACACAAAUGGAUAACUGCCAAUGAGGACAUGGACUAUGAAGACGAAUACAAGUCUGAACUAGACAAUGAAGAAAACAAGCAAAUGUUAGACAGACUGGCAGCUGAGUUAGUGGAACUUGGAAAACCAGACAAAGAAGUUCUGUUCAAAUUUGAUGUGGCAUUUGAAUCAGAAGAGGAAGAUGGUGUCGCUUGCGCAGGAGUGAGAUUCGCGGACACAAAUGAUAAAGAGUCCGACACCAAAGGAAUUAUAAGAAGCUACAGUGACAACGGUGUCGAAGUUGGAGCGAAACGGGUACUUUGCCCAAGACACAAUCGAUCCUACUUCUCACAAGGGGUAAAAAUGAAACCCACUGAGAGAUACAGAAGAGAGAAAUCAAGAUUUGGACAGGCAUACCUGCAAAGAAGGAAUUCGCCUGUGCCAAACGUUUUGAGAAACAGAUGCGGGAACACAAACAAAGGCAAAUAUGACGCUGACAAAGCGUUGGUAGUCGCACGUGUUAUUCAACGAAUAUGUGAGGGUGUCAACGGUGGUAUCAAUGGGCAAGACGGAGUCUCGUUCAUUCAGCAAUACUAUCUGAAUAAAGGACUGAAGAUAUUCAAGGAGCGAGGUAAAGAUGUGGCCAUGAUAGAACUUGACCAACUGAUCAAGCGCAGAUGCUGGACAACGAUCAGUAUUGAGAAACUAAGACCAACCGAAAGAAAGAAGGCCAUAGAUGCAAUGAUGCUACUGGCCAAAAAGAAUGAUGGCGUGACAAUCAAAGGACAUGGUAAUGGUUGUCUUGUGAGGACACUGCAAGUCCCACAGCUUGGCAUGAAGCUAUUAUCUGCACGGGUGUAA